UUCCUUCCUGCUGCCUCGGCUCUUCACUGCUGAAAAAGGAAGAUGAAAAGCCGCCGCUGCAGCCCUUUACAGAACCGACACUGAACCAAACCGGACCUCCAGAGGAAUGUCGGCGAAGCGGCUGCUGUUGGAGCGGAGGCCGAGCUCAGCUGCCGAUACCCGGCCCUGAACACGACGCGACCAGCCUGGAGGAUCAGGCGGGUGGAGCUGCAGCCCGCCGGGCCGGGACGUUCCCAGCCGAACCCAGCCGAAGAGCGUUCCUCUUAUCCACCGUCCAGUCAGCAAUGCAGGGAGCCCCGCUGGACUGAAGAGCCGUCUGCCCCCCGCAUCCCGUAACCAGACCCCGACAUUCAGCAUGGAGCGCACCGGCAGCAUUCAGCUGGACAUCCCUGACUUCAGUAACUCAGUCCUGUCACACCUGAACCAGCUGCGCGUUCAGGGACGCCUCUGUGACAUCGUGGUCAACGUUCAGGGCCAGAGUUUCCGUGCACACAAGGUGGUCCUUGCCGCCAGCUCGCCGUACUUCCGCGACCACAUGUCUCUGAGCCAGAUGAGCACCGUGUCGCUGACUGUUAUCCGCAACCCGUCCGUAUUCGAGCAGCUGUUGACCUUCUGCUACACGGGCCGCCUCUGCCUGCAGCUGGCGGACAUCAUCAGCUACCUGACAGCUGCCAGCUUCCUGCAGAUGCAGCACAUUAUCGACCGCUGCACCCAGAUCCUGGAGGGCAUCCACCUGAAGAUCAGCUUGGCUGACGUGGACGAGGCCUCCAGGGAGGAGGAAGUGGUGAUGCGGGGGUCCCGGAGCAGCAGGACAAUGGAGGCUGCGGUUCGAGGAGGGGCUCAUCACAGCGGUCUGAGGCUUCUUGGUCCCAGAGGAGGCGCAGAGGUGUUUGAGGUGGUCAGCCCAGCAGAGGAGCCAUCCAGCCCACCGCCGACAGUGGAGCACAGUGGGCUUGAGGGGCCUGGGACCACCAGCAGCAGGGUGAGCAAAGAGCCCAUCCUCCGCAUAAACCGGGCUGGUCAGUGGUACAUGGAGACGGGCAGCGAGCCGGAGCGGACUGACAGCGCUGAGGAGGGCACCGGAGUGGACAGAGUCAGGAUCAAGACGGAGAGGACGGAGGACUGGAUCGGAGCAGGAGGUAAUCAAGAGGAGGGGGCCUCCGCAGAGGAGGGCACCAUGAUGAUUGACACAUCAGGGCGCAGCACGCUGAUGACGGCCCCACAGGGAGGCCCUGUAACCCGCAGUGGGCAGGCGUCCUCCAGCUUCAGCGAAGUCGACCGGUUCAGUCCCACUGGCAGCGUGGUCGUCCUCACAGAGCGCCAGAGAGCCAAGAGUGAGUCUCCAAACAGAGCAGACGAGCUGCGGCAACCAAGCUCACAAGGGGAAGAGCAGGCAGCGUUUGAUAUGGGCGGCUAUGAGGACUACCUGAGGGAGCAGGUUGGAGACCGCUGGUUCCGCUACAACCCUCGGCUCACUUGUAUCUACUGCUGCAAGUCGUUCAACCAGAAAGGCAGCCUCGACCGGCAUAUGCGUCUCCACAUGGGAAUCACGCCGUUCGUUUGCCGCAUUUGCGGGAAGAAAUACACCCGGAAGGACCAGCUGGAGUACCACAUCCGCAAGCACACCGGCAACAAGCCCUUCCACUGCCACGUCUGCGGAAAGAGCUUCCCCUUCCAGGCCAUCCUCAACCAACACUUCCGCAAGAACCACCCGGGCUGUGCUCCCCAGGAGGCCCACAGUGCCUCCCCCGAAACCACCACCACCUCAGUCCCCUCCAGCCGAGGGCCAAACGACGAGGCCUCCCCGAGCCAGGAGGAGCCUGAAGCCGGUGGCGGUGGGAGCGGUAACGGUGGAGGCCAGUACGGAGAAGCUCCUCAGACCUCCGUUUCCACCACAGGGCCCGACUGACCUCAGUGAAUGGAGGAUGCUGAGUCAGCAUUGGGAGCGGGUCCGAUCCCGUUGCGUAUAAAUGCGACAGGGUACCGAUCCGUGUGAAGUCAACGCACACCUCAGAGUCCAGAAUGAGAUUCUUACCGCUUUAAACCGCAUCUACCCUCACUAACCAGACAGAACAGAUUAAGCUAAAGAUGAAGAAACACCACACACUCCUACAACCUCAUACACCACAAAGUCAGUGGCUCUCGUUUGCCUCCGUUAACUUUUUGUUGCAGAUUUCUACUUUUUAUAUAUCCAGGUUCACAAUGCAGCAUUAAGACCAUCCGGGGAGUCUGGGGGAGGACGUUGCCAAAAUAGUCAGUGCCAGUUUAACAGAUCAAAUCCUUUUUAUUUGCCUUGAGACAAUCUGGAGCAAUCAGGUUAAUAAUGCUAACAUUAAUAAUAAUAAUCAUUGCGCUGUUUAAGUGCCACAGUGACAGUUUUGUUCAUGAGGAAAGUUUUAUGUCAGGGGUGACUGGAGUUUCUGACAUCCGUCACAUUUCGUCCGUUUACACUACAAACAAUAUCUGCAGCUUUAACCUCAGUUUAAAGGCAUUAUACUUGGAUUUUGUUUCGAUGCCUUCAAAGACCUCAUUUAUACAAGGACAUAAAAUGAAGGCUGAUUCUAAAUGAGUACUUGUGCGUUCUCAUGUGCUCGUGAAACGUCAUCAGCCUCAGUCCUAGUACCCUUCCAAUUCACAAGAACACAAGACUGAGAACGGACAAAGUCCCUGGAUGCUGUUUUCGCCCCUGCCUCUUUACUGUGCAUGCAUCAAAGCAGACUUGUCCGUUCUUGAGUUUGACAAAUGUCCCAGCAUGCACCGCUGCAGCAGCAGCUUCCAGUGGAGCGCUCAAUGAGCUCUAGAGUAUUAAGUUGAAAAAAAAAAAUGUUUUCUGUUGUUGUUCUACUAAGGUACGCUGGUGAAGAUUCUCAAUCAUCCAGGUCCUAGUAAUUCCUUUUUUGUUCUACUUAAGUACGUUUUAAGAUCAUUUUAGGCAAGAACAUUAUACUUUUAAGCAUCACUAUACGGCCCAUUUACUGAUUUAGUGCGUAACUUAUAAAAAAGUUCCGAUGUUUAGAGGACUGCGGGAACCAGCGGUCCUCCUAGGCCAGGGCUAACGUUAGCCUGUCUGCAGCAGCCCUCUCUCGGCAUAGCAUAGAUUUUUUGCUUUAUUUGGCAAAAUGUUUAUUUGAUUCGUUUUUAUCUGACUGAAUUAAUUAUUGACUGACUUAAUUAUUAUUCCCCCACUAAAUGGAAAGAAGUCAUGAUUUAUUAUCUAGAGACUAUUAAUAACAGGAGGUGAAAUACAGCUCCAGACUAGCUUUGAACAUAAGGGACGUCACGAGUACGCUUCUGUUCCAAUUGACCAAUUAUGCUGCGUGCUCCCGUUCUCACAGAGUUCAUACUUCCCUGUGUUCUCGUCAAGAACAUACUUGGCGAGAACACGAGUCCGUACUCGGGUUCUUGUGAAUUAAGAAACAGCUUAAGUUUGAUCUAAAAUUACUGUGGCUCUAUGAGCUGUUGGAUAGCUGUUUUUGUCCAAUAGGGCAAUUAAAAUCCUUAAAUCGUCCAAUAAGCAAUACUAGAGCUCAGUAAUUUUUCGAAUACUGGUUUAGUUUAACUAAAGGCUUGAAAUGCUACAUCAGCUAUGAAAAAAUCUAACAUUCUUCUGAUUUUUUUUUUUUUUAUUAGAAUAGUUUUAAAGUAUAAAUCUUUUAUCAUUUAUAAUAUAUUCUAUAUAAAAAUCAUAAUAUAGAUUUUAACCUGUGUUAAACUAUAACCUUGCUAUAUGAUACACUUGCUCUAACACCGAGCCAAAAGAUGGUA